AUUUCAAGAGAAACAGACUGUUGUUAAUAUCGCUAUAUAUUCUUCACGGCCGAUUGCAGCGCUUGCCGUUUGUUAUGUCUCGGUCGUCGCAUGCCAACGCGUUCGAAAUAAUCGAUAAUACCACGCGCGUGUACGGCACAAUACAAAAUGAUCUUGUCGAGGGCCAAGCCGGCCUCGUCAGAGAGUGUUCGGAAGUCGGCGUCGCGCAAGGAAAUACCAAAGCUAGAGGAAUUCCUGGAGAAACGCGACUACACCGGAGCCUUGACGUUGCUGGAGUUCAACAGCAGCACCGGUAGCAGUCUGGAGUCGGACCUGUGGAUUGGAUACUGUGCAUUCCAUCUGGGUGAUUACAAGCGCGCUGUUACGGUCUACGAGAACCUGAGGAAGAAGGAUUACAUGCCGCCGGAUGUGCUGACGAAUCUGGCAUGUUGCUACUUUUAUCUGGGCAUGUAUCCCGAGUCGCAGCAGACCCUGGAGGAUGCAGCUGACAGUAGGCUGAGAACCAGACUGCUGUUCCACUUGGCUCACAAGAUGGGCAACGAAUCCAAAGUGAAGGAGUACCAUCAGAUGUUGCAGAAUGUCAUAGAGGAUCAGCUCAGUUUGGCGUCUAUCCAUUAUCUCAGAGCUCAUUAUCAAGACGCUAUCGACGUGUACAAGAGGAUCUUGUUGGACAACAGGGAUUAUCUGGCUCUGAACGUAUACGUAGCUCUGUGCUACUACAAGCUAGAUUACUACGAUGUGGCUCAGGAGGUGCUUCAGGUUUACUUGCAGAAAUAUCCGGACAGUGCGAUCGCGAUCAAUCUGAAGGCGUGCAAUCAUUUCCGUUUGUACGACGGGAACGCAGCGCAAUCAGAGAUGAAGCAGCUCAUCGAGAAGAUAUCGAGUUCCUUCAGUUUCGGCCACGAUCUAAUACGUCAUAACACAGUUGUGUUCAGAGGUGGCGAAAACGCCCUGCAGAUAUUGCCGAACCUGGUGGACGUUAUACCGGAAGCCAGGCUCAAUUUGGUGAUAUAUUACUUGAAGCAAGACGACGUCAAGGCGGCCUAUGAACUCAUCAAGGACCUGGAACCCGCGGUGCCGCAGGAAUACAUCCUGAAAGGCAUCGUCAACGCCGUUAUGGGCCAAGAGACCAAUUCUCGUGACAGCAUAAAAACAGCCCAACAAUAUUUCCAACUGGUGGGCUCUUCAGCGUCGGAAUGCGACACCAUACCCGGCAGGCAGUGCAUGGCUUCCUGUUUCUUCCUCUACCGGCAAUUCGAGGAAGUGCUGGUGUACCUGAGCUCGAUCAAGACGUAUUUCUCCAAUCAGGACAAUUUCAAUUUCAACUACGCCCAAGCGCAAACUGCUGCUGGUUACUUUAAAGAGGCGGAGGAAGCCUUUCUGAUGAUACGUAACGAAAAGUACAAGAACGAUUACAUCUACAUCAGCCUCCUGUCCUACUGCUAUAUAAUGAAUAAGAAGGCCGAACUAGCCUGGGAAUUGUACUUGAAGAUGGACACGUCGACGGAAUCCUUCAAUCUGCUGCAGCUGAUCGCCAACGCGUGUUACAAAGUCGGUGAGUUUUGGUACGCCGCCAAGGCCUUCGACAUGCUGGAACGCAUGGAUCCGAGUCCCGAGCACUGGGAAGGGAAGCGCGGUGCCUGCUGUGGUACUUUUCAAUAUAUAAUAGCAGAAAAGCAACCAAAGUACGUAAAUGUGCGCGAUAAGUAUCAGACGGACAUGCGUCGGAGCCGCGAGUGGAGAAUUCACGACUCACGAAUUAUUUGUGUCGUUCGCACAGAGAACUACUGUCGGACGUGAUACAGCUUUUGAAGAGCACGUCGAAUUCCCAAGUGGAGCAAAUAAUACGCGUGAUGCGGAAAUGGGGGAAGGAUAACCGCGUCAAUUGUUAAUAUCAAAUAUCAUCGUUGCCGAUUCCGUCCGUAGGUGCCUCGCUGCAAUUAUUUCGGUGAGAUAUUUACGAUAUGAUGUUGUAUAUAAUGCACGCGAGUGCGUAAGAGCUCAUCUACAACACAUGAAGUAAGCUUGGCGUAAGUUGGAGUAAAAAAUAUUUAUUUCGCUUACCUUUCUUAAAUGACGAGUAAAACUUCCGGUAUAAACAACCAGAAUACAGGGGUAAGGCGAAAGAAAUAUAUAUUAUUUUCAUUUCUUAUUUCAACUCUUACGUCAAAUUUAUUCCACGUAGAUGAACCUUAAUCAGAAUAUAUAUCUCGUUGCAACAGUUGACAGAUCUGAUGCAUAUGGAACACACACAUUGUACUCAGGAAAUACACAAAGGUGUACUUAUAGUGACUAAACAGUACAAUUGUGUGAAAUGAGGGGUUAAAAAUCUCUAUUUUUAUAUUGAAUAACAGUAACGCGAUGUAAAUUCUUGAGGCGUUAUGUCUCAUAAGUCAAUAUUCGGAAUUACUUGCACUAUCGUUAGGACACGAUUUUCGAUAAUCCUGACGCAUUCCACAGAAGAAUAUCCAUUUC